GGUGAGGAGAUAAGGUUUGGCCUGGAGACUUGGGAGCUCUUUCUCCAGAGACUGAACUGUAUGAAGACAAGGUGAAGCUGUGCUGUGCACAGGCGCCACAACUGCCCCUGGGCAGAAGACUCCGCCUGACUGAUUGUGCAGAUGACAUCUGUCUUGUGUUUCGGAGUGCUGAUGCGCACGGGUGUUGCAAGGAACCUCGUAGGAAAAGGAGUGGUGGGUGAGCAUGGGGGCAUGUGCAGACAGCAGGAGCUGUAGUUUAAUAUGGAAAGAUGCAAGGGUGGAAUGUGGCCCUGGCUGGCUCCUGGCAUGUGUCACAGCCCUUGUCACUGCAGGGGGAGGUGACAUGCAGCUGCAGGCAGCAGUGGGUGCCCCUCCCUGCUGGUUCCCAGGCUGGCAGAUGCCAGGAGAGCUGUACUAGGGUCUCUGUGCCAGGGAGGACUGCCACGCUCUGCCUGGGGGCCCAGCCUGGCACAGGUGAGGGUGCCAGGAAGAUCCCUGAAAGGGCAAAAAAGGAGUGAAAUCAAAUUAUACAUCGUAUAUGUAGCCGUGCAAACGUGUUCACAAAAAUGUACAUUGCUCUGAAUGUUGUCAGCCUCUUGCAUGUGUCUCCUUGUGCUUUGAUGCAGCAUUUCAUUCUCUCCAGAGCCUCCUGCAGCACUUCACAGCUCUCCCUGUUCCCGGGGGAGCAGCUCCAACCCUCCCAUUGCCUCCCCGGCGUGUGGCACAGCCAGCAUGGCCAGGGGACACCCACUGGGUGUCUCUUUAAGAGCAUGCCUGGCUCGGAGCCCUGACCCGCCUCCGGGCUCAGCGUCACUGUUCCUUCCUCCACUGCACAGCCGAGUUUCUAUUUCCCCGGCUUCCUACACUGGCUUCUUUCCACCAUCACCCCGCUCCCCAGCACAGCUCCCCGGCACAGCUCCCCGGCACGGGUAGGAUGGCAUUGCCUGCCUCACAGAAACUGGAGGAGAAGCUGCUGUGCUCCAUCUGCCUGGAGCUCUUCAGGGUGCCUGUCACCUUGCCCUGUGGGCACAACUUCUGCAAGUGCUGCAUCAGCGACCACUGGCGCAAGCAAGAGCAGGCACCUGCCAGGGCCAGCGAGGGCUACACGUGCCCGGAGUGCCGCAGGGCCUUCGAGCAGUGCCCAGAGCUGGAGAAGAACGUCACCCUGUGCAAAGUGGUGGAGCUGGCGCGAGAUGGUGAGGCGCGGGUCUCAGGCCCAGAGAGGUGUGAGGUGGCCCAUGGCGAGCUGUGCCCGCAGCACGGGCGCCCGCUGGAGCUGUACUGUGAGGAUGAGCGGCGGUGCAUCUGCUCGGUCUGCACCGUCCAGCAGUGCCAGCAGCACCGGCGGGUGCUUUUCGAGGAGGAGCGUGCUAAAAAGCAGGCCCUCUUGAGAGAGUCCCUGGAGAAAGCCCGGGAGGAAUCGGAGAGGAUUGAACAGGUGAUGCAGAAGCUGGAGGAGCAAACACGCAACAUCAAGAACUCCUCCGAGGGGCUCAAAUCGGUGAUUCUGAGCAAAUUUGCUCUCCUGAGGAAAGCUCUGGAGGAUUUCCAGUGGCAGACGGUGGCCAGGAUAGAGCAAGAGAAGGCUGCAGCGCUGGGACGUGUGGGGGAGGACUGGAACCUCCUGAAGGACCACCUGGAUGUCCUCAGCCAGCACAAGGAGAGGGCUCAGUGCCUGCUGGCCUGCCCUGACGACAGGACCUUCCUCCAGGAGUUCCCCCUGAUCCCAGCUCUGGAGAGCCCAGAGGCACUGCUCUCGGUGGAAUUUGAUGUGGCUGACGUGGUGAAGCCCUUUGCUGAGAUCCUUACUGACAUCUCCAGGCUCCUGCUGGAGGACCUGCCCUGCUCUGUGGCCCCCAAAGCCCCUGACCCCGUUGGCCAAGGCCCAGCACAUCCCCUGGGGCCAGUGGUGAAGGUGGUGGCCCCUGUCCAAGAGUGCCAGCUCCAAACUCAGCUUCUGAAAGCCCCAUCCAUGCCGUUGCUCUUCCCAGACCACCGCAACCUGACCUUUGAUCCCAAGACAGCCAACAAGUACCUGGAGCUGUCAAAAGGUAACCGGAAAGCCAAGCAUGGCCUCAGAGCCAUCUGCGAGCAGCAGGAGCAGGGACCUCGCUUCAAGCCCUGGCAGGUGCUGUGCACGCAGGGCUACGGCCACGGCCACCACUACUGGGAGGUGCAGAUCUCCAGCCACUCCAUCAUCCUGGGGGUGACCUACCAUGGUCUCCCCUGGGAGCAGCAGCAGGGCCACAAGUUCAACAUUGGGCUGGAUGGGGGCUCAUGGGGGCUGCAGGUGCUUGAGGAUUGCUACCUGGCCUGGCACAAGGGCCGGGCAGAGAAAAUCCGGGGGCAGCUGUAUAAGAACCUGGGGGUCAGCCUGGAUUACAGCAAGGGCGUCCUCUCCUUCUACGGCCUCGGGGAGAGGACGCAGCUCAUCCACUCGUUCCACAAUGUCUUCACUGAGCUCCUCUAUCCUGUCUUUUGGCUGUGUGAGGGGCGAGCGGUGACGCUGAGUCGGAGGGACUGAGCCGGGGCCCCCACGCUGCUCCUUUAGCCAGGCCAGCAACCCCCAGGCUGUGCUGUGACCGAGCUGCAGCCGGAGGCUGUCAUGUUGCAAGUGGGACCCCAAUGCUGAGGCAGGAGUGAGGUGCAGAGUUUUAACAGAAGCUGAUGAGAAGAGGCAUGCAAAUUAACCCAUCUGAUUUGCAAAUGCAAAUAUCAUGCUGAUUACACAAGUCAGGGCAGGGGGGAGCAUGCAGAACUAAAGGACCAUGCCCUCGUGGUGGGGAUGGAGUCCCCUGACACUGUGCGUGGGGGCACGUGUGAGUGCCUGUCCCUGCAGGUGGGGUGAGGGAGUGGGAUAGGGAGGGUGAAAGAAUUGGGUUUUUCCUCUUUUUUCUAUCCCUAGCAAACCUCCCAAGCCUGGAGAAGAUUUGGGGUGAGGGGGACUCCAGAGGGGGUGCUGCAGCCAUGGGGUGCUGUGGAGCAAUGCAGAGGGAGCCCUGUACUCCUCCAGCCCCACAUGCAGGCAGGUCCUUCUCCCCCAGCCUCUUCCUGGUCCCCUCUUGCCACUCCCAGACAUGGCAGAGCAAUUUUUUAGGGUGUCACGCUGCAGUUGCUCUUUGUACAAAGCUGCUUUCCCCAAUAAAGUUCUGUUUUCCUA